UCUACAAUCCUCCAUCGAGUCGAGAUAUCAGAAUGGCGAGAUCUGCAGAAAACAAACCGAGGCCAAAGCCAAAGUCUUCCCUCAACCUCGACGGGGCCUACACAGGCCGAGUCAUCAAGCCAGCAAAGGCUUCAAGCCACGGUAACGUUCGAGCUUCGAACGCGCGCCAUCGCAUCCAGCCACACCGGCGAACCAAGCCGCUAACGACAUUCUCUCUCUUCAAGAGUUUGCCGGCGGAGAUUCGUGACAUGGUCUACCGAGAGAUACUACCAGUCAUGAAGAACGGAGAGAUUGAGCCUCGCUACGUAGGCGGGCAAAACGGAUAUGGUAGAGUCAUGCCUGGUCUGGAGAUCUUGCGGACCGACAAGCAGAUUUAUCAUGAGGCAAUGGGGACGCUCUGCCGCGCAACAACAGGCAUACUCGAAGUCAAUUCUGAUGCAGACGAGCAAAGCCGUCAAAAUAAGCCAGCCUGGGACUCAUACUACGCAACAGAGCGAAACAUCCUAAUGAACUUUCCGCGAGUCCUUAUCGACGCCGGCGUCGAAUAUGUCAACAGCGACGUUAUCAGCCGUCGGAAGGGUGCAAUGCUCAUGCUAAAGUUAGUCAAAGUCUACCUAGAGACCUUACCGGACAUUGACGAAACUCAAAACAAGACUCUCGUAUUGGACACGCUACUGGAGCUGUUGAAAUUGAUGGCUAAGAGCACCAGCAUCCAGUGGACGGUUGAACAUUGGGAUGUUGGUGUGACUCGGUCCUCCUGGGAAAUUUCAACAUCUUCAAAACGGCAUGUGAGGAACACGGUUUCACUUGCACGAGCCGCGGGUAGGACUCGAUGCUGGAAUAGUGCGAAGAUUGCGACGCGAUCACCCACAGGAAUCAAUUGA